AGGCAUAGGACCACGGUUUUCUUUAUCUAGUCACGAUUAUAAUCUUUAUAAGUCUUUAUUAUAGUUACAAUAAUCACAGAACAAAGGUUAGGUUAAGUUCUGAGCUAUAAUAGACUCUCGUAAAUGAUAAUUGAUAAUAUAACAACCGAAAUACCUACUCUUUAUAAAAUAAAAAGAUAGAUUCUCACCUGUACUAUUUUACACACGGAUAACGGACCACGGAUUCACGAUUAUACUGAUUGCACCUUUUAUAUUAUUCUUUUUUCGAUUUACAUGCAUUUGGCCAUUGUUCUAUGAUUUGGCUUCCACAUUAAUUUCGAUUUUUAAGUUUGUUUAACUUAUCAAAUUAGCGUUCUCAUACCUUAAUUUACCUACUCAUUCAAAAUAGUUUUUAUUUAAAAAUUUAGAAUCUAAUUUGUCUUUAAUAACUAACGUAUAAUAUAAUAGUGAUCACGGCGUAAUAAACCAAAACCAAAUGUCCGCUAUGAGCAAAUCGAUUACUGAUUCGGAAGAUCAAUUAGCAGAAAUGGAAGAAGCAUUUCAAUUGUUUGAUAAUAGAGGUGACAAUAAAAUACACAUAUCAAAUAUAGGUAAUGCUCUUCGCGCAUUAGGUCAAAAUCCUACAGAGUCAGAUGUAAAGAAGUUUACACAACAACAUAAAACUGACGAACGCAUUCCAUUUGAUGUAUUUUUCCCCAUUUAUCAAGCUAUAUCUAAAAACCGUUCCUCAAAUACAGCUGAUGAUUUUAAUGAAGGUUUACGACAUUUUGACAAAGACGGAAAUGGAUUUAUAUCAUCUGCAGAAUUACGCCACUUACUUACGACACUUGUGUUUGUACUAAUGUAGGAGAAAAACUUACUGAUGAAGAAGUUGAACAGUUAUUAACUGGACAAGAAGAUUCUUUAGGAAACAUAAACUACGAGGAAUUUGUGCGUUCUGUAACAUCGGGUUGAAUGGUUCAAACAUUUUUUAGUAUUUAUUUUUCUUAUUAUUUAAUUCAUUAUUGUACCUAAUCAUUUUAAGCACAUUUUAAAUAUAUAUUUUGUUAUCAUCAUACGAGUAAAACAGCAACUAUUUUGUGUAUGUAUAUUAUAAUAUAACUUAAUAAAAUUAAUUGAUUAA